AUGUAUGGCUCUACCUUCGGCAGGAUUUUCUUUUCGGAAUAUCCAUCAGUAACAUACACCGACAUAAUCACUGGCUUCGUUGUCUUAGGAGUGUUAUCCACUCUUUCUUUAGCUGUUAGCCGCCUAUGGCUCAGUCCAAUUGCCGGAUUUCCUGGUUCCAAACUCGCGGCAGUUACCUUUUGGUAUGAAUUCUACUACGACUGGAUUUUGACUGGGAAAUACUAUGAACGUAUCAAAGAGAUGCAUGAUGAAUAUGGACCAAUUAUUCGCAUCUCACCAGACGAACUCCACAUCGCUGAUGCAUCAUUUUAUGACCAACUUUAUGUCUCAACUGCAGUCAGGAAAAGUAAUGGCUACCCCCGCUUCUGUCAGGGAACUGGCUUUGAAGGUAAUACAAUCCGACUUUCGAUCUCGCAUCUGCGUCUUAGAGCCUUGCUGAAACUACUCCCAGAUUUGGUUGCCCUCUUAAUAGAUCACGAUAUGCACCGAGCUAGCAUAGCACCUUUGAAGCCGUUCUUCUCUUACGCUGGUAUCAGCCGCAUUGAGCCUCGAAUCGAGGCAUGUGUCCUCAAGCUUGGUCAGAAACUGGAAGAGCUGGCCAGUGUCAAUGCCAACCCGACAGAUCCCGUGAUUGUAAACUUGACGCACGCCUUCAACUCAUAUGCAAAUGAUGUUAUAUCGGCAGUUCUAUUCGAAGACCCAAGUGACUUUUUGAGUGAUCCUGCAUUCAACGCUCCCUGGUAUCAAAAUGUUAAACGAGGUCUCUUGGCCGUUCCACUCUUUGCCCACCUGCCAUGGCUAGCAAGAGCAAUGACAACACCACUGAUUAGGUUUAUCAUGGAAAAAACCACUGAAUGGAGGAUCUGGGAUGAUAGAGCAAGACGAGAAAUCCUGAAUUCGAAAUCACGUCCAGCUGAGGAAGCAAAGAGCCGGGCAAAUACCACGGUAUUCGACCAUCUUGUUCACAGCGAUCGUACUGAUACGCCGUACGGGAUUGAGUCAUGCAGCCGAGUGGCACAGCUUAUUCAACAAGUGGGAACAUACAAUUCGGGUCGAACCAUCGAGACAAUUGUUGCUUUCCUCUCCCUAGAUGAUGACAAGCGCAACAUUUUGUGCGAGGCUCUCCGUCCGGUCUUUGCACAUAGCGAUUCCGUGCGGUGGAAAGAGCUCGAGAAGAUUCCGUAUCUUUCUGCUUGUAUUAAAGAGGGUUUACGACUGGCAAUUGGUAAUAUGCUCCGAGGCCCGCGGAGCUCCAACCAGGAGUUAUACUACAACCAAUGGAGGAUCCCCAAACAUACAGCGGUGUCCAUGACUACCUACUGGAUGCAUAUGGACCCGGAGGUUUUCGUUAAUCCAUAUUCAUUCGAACCGGACCGCUGGCUCAAUGCUUCCCCCUACAAGCUGCAGGAGAUGAAAAAGCAUUUCGUGCCGUUUGCAAAAGGCUCUAGGCCGUGCCUCGGGCAACAGUGA